UUUCCCACGUUCCGCGUGAAGUCCUGAAGCACAGGAAGUGAGGGAUCAUAGAAAGCCUGCCGGGAGUGGUAGUUUAUACUCCAGAGCUUUCUUUCUGUUUUCAGUGGAAAAGACUGCAACUCCCGACUUCCUGCACCGUGUAUAUGUUCACUGUUUGAUGUAUGAAACAGCCACAGAGAGAGUUCUUUUGUUAGCAUUUUCACAUUCUGAACGCACAUCAACUGGAAGCAAUAUGACCGACGAGCAGGAGAUUAUGUGCAAACUGGAAAGCAUUAAGGAAAUAAGAGCUAAGACGGUGCAAAUGGAAAAAAUUAAAACAAGAUUGAAGGCAGAAUUUGAUGCCCUCGAGUCUGAAGAAAGACACCUGAAAGAUUAUAAACACGAAAUGGAUCUUCUGCUCCAAGAGAAGAUGGCUCAUGUAGAAGAACUGCGAUUGAUUCAUGCUGAUAUCAAUGUGAUGGAAAACACAAUAAAACAAUCUGAAAAUGAUUUAAAUAAGUUGCUUGAAUCUACAAGACGCUUGCAUGAGGAAUACAAACCUCUUAAAGAACAUGUGGAUGCUUUAAGAAUGACUUUGGGUUUGCAAAGGCUACCAGAGUUGUGUGAGGAAGAAGAAAAGCUUUCUCUGGAUUACUUUGAGAAGCAGAAAGCAGAAUGGCAGACAGAACCUCAGGAACCACCUGUCCCAGAGUCACUUGCAGCAGCUGCUGCCGCUGCCCAGCAACUUCAGGUGGCCAGGAAACAGGAUGCUCGGCAAACGGCCACAUUCCGACAGCAACCACCUCCUAUGAAGGCUUGCUUGUCUUGUCAUCAACAAAUCCAUCGGAAUGCACCUAUCUGCCCUCUUUGUAAAGCAAAAAGCAGGUCUCGUAAUCCAAAAAAACCCAAGAGAAAGCAAGAUGAAUAAUAACUCCAUUGAAUGUGCACAAGUUAACUAAGGUUUAAAUGUGGCAAUGUUACUCAAGCGUAAAAUGGUGUUACGUAGUUUUAUGUUUUCAUUUGUUGUAAGCACAAAAUUGUAUUUUGCUUUUAGAAAAAUAAAUCCUUUGUGUGCCAACAGCAACUUAUCCAAAAUAUUGUAUUUCAGGUAGUAGAAUAGAAUUUGUUAAACAUGAAAGCUAACCGAUAUUUAAUUAACAGAAGGGAAAAUACUAAAAAUAGUUAUGGAAUACUACCUGGACUGAAAUGUUGAUAUGGAUGUAUUGAGGCUCUAGAUGUCCAUUAAGCCAUACCAUGGUUGUAUAGUUUGCUGAAUAGCAAGUCUUUGAAAAAAAUAAUCAAACGUAAAAGCUGUGCAUUAGUUACCACUUUAGAAGAGAAAGCAUUUAUUGCUUGGAGUAUAGCCUAGAAAUUAUACAAUGCCAUAUUAACAAAUCACUGUAUAACAUGAUUGAUUGAAACUAAAUUGUUGAUGAUGGCUCAGUAAUAGAGCAUAUACUCCUAAGUCAGAGUUUGGGAGUCAGACUUCACUCCAUAGAUGUGUUGGUGCUGUUGUAUUUUAAGUUGAGAAUUUAUGCUGAGGCUCUCUUCAGAUGGAUGGAAAUAAUUUAAUGACAUUGAUGUACAGGGGUCUCUUGACCAAUAUUUAUUCCUGAAUCAACAUCAUGAAAAGUGGUAAUUACCUGAUUGCUGCCUGUGGAACCUUGUCUGAAAGUUGCAUUGCAUUUCAUGCAUUGCAAUGGUGACUACACUUCAAAAAUAUUUCACUUUCUGUAAAACACUGUGGGACAUCCCGAAGAAAUGAAAGGUGCUACAUCUGGUGUCUAGAUUAUUUUAAUAUGUUAAUAAACUUGGAUACUAAGCAGAACAAUUUCAUAUAAAUACAUUACUUGAUCUUUUUAUAGUUGUAUUGUGCACAGCAUAAUUUCAAGGCUGAAUAGAGUAGAAAAAAUUGAUUAAUUGUCCAAAUAAGUUUGAGAAAUUACUCCAAAGUUUCUGUGUGACUUUUAUUAAUUUGCAGAGAAACACUGUUUAUCCACAUUUUAAGGUGUUUGUCCAAAUUCCAUUGUACAUCCUUGCUUGUACAUAAUAUUCUGUGGUGUAAAAUAGCCUGGGUUUUUUUUUCAUGAAAUAAAACAGGAAGAUUCAGUUAUAAUAAAAU